GCUAGCAGUGAAGAUGCGGAACUGACAAUUGUUUAACAAUAUAUCAGCUUUAGACACCAAGACUACUAAAGCCUACUAAACCAGUUAGAGGUUUGCGAAAUGUUUAUACAUUAACGUGAAUGUAUAGGUCACACGUAAAGACAUCAAAAAGCCAUCAAAUCCUAUCGUAGGACCAAAGAGGAAGAUCAUGCUUGCCAUGUCAGAUGACCAGUUUUCAACGAAUCUUGUACUUCGAUCAGUGAAGGACCAGGUAGAGAGGGUGGGAACAUGCGCACCGUCUCUUCCUGAGCCGCAGCCAAUGAGUGAUGAGCGGGAGCAGCUCCUGGAACAGAUGGCUAGCCUCAUCAGAGACUUCGGCGACAGUCUCGAUCGAGAGCCAAAAUUUAAUGACAUGGUUGAUGGGUUUGCACGUGUGGCGGAUAGACAGAGUUUCCAGAAGCUUGUAGACAAAGUUUUUGUUGAUGACAUCACCUGGGGGAAAAUUGUUACUCUGAUCUGUGUUGUUGGGAAAUCCAUUGCAAAGAUUCUUGCUGAUUUAGUCUCAGGCGUUGUGUCUUGGACACUGGACUAUUUCAGGGAUAACCUUCUGAACUGGAUCUGCAAUAGAGGAGGAUGGAUCAACAGUAUCUCUUCCUUGGCUCAUUACUCCUUUGAGCGAGAUUUUGGUUCCUCAUCCAGCCUGAUCUCCCUCUCCUCUGGAGUCCUCUUCAUCAGUGGAGUACUGCUGGGUGGCCUCAUUGUCUGGAGACUGAACAGAUGUGCCUGAGGAGGGUCAGUGAAGGACUGAUGAAGUGAGAAAAGGGGGAAUGCUGGGAUUUACAUAUGCAACGGACCAAAAAUAAUGAUGAUCUGACCAAGUAUAAGAGAAGGCU